CUCUCUCUCUCUCUCUCUCUCUCUCUCUCUCUCUCUGCACGCCUCCAUAACAAGAGUCGAACAGCGAGCCUGUGCGCAGUCUCCCAAGGCAGCUAAGGCUAGGUGCUUGAUUGACAUCCCCAAGCAAUACAUCGUCCCCACUUCCCCACGGCAGAUUUAGGCUCAGAGACGCAAGGUUGGCAAUGCCCAACUUGAGCAGCAUGGCCAAGGAUUCGCGCUUCGACAUCAGCGCGUGGGAGGGAGCAGCUGGAUCUCCAAAUACCGCCGCUGCAGCCCCAAAGAAGCGCAAGAGGAACAUGUUGAUUAGCGAAGCGCCAUCGCCAGAGUCUUCAUCACGAGCCAUUGCAGCCUCACCACGCGCGGAAGAGGAGGAGGGGGAUGAUGAUGAUGAUGAUGAUGAUGAUGGAGCGGAUGCAGACUCGGCAGAAGAGCAGGAAGAUGGUGUUCAAGAAGAUCCGGUCAUCUCCCGCACGGUCAAGCCUUUGACUCGGGCCGAGCUAGAGGCGUACGAGGCCAAAGAGAAGCGUAAAGGCUUGAUCUACAUCUCGCGCGUUCCUCGAGGCAUGACACCGUCCAAAGUGCGUCACUUGCUCUCUCAAUUCGGCGACGUUUCUCGCCUCUUUCUUCAAGAUGGCAGUGCGGGUGCUCAAGCGAAGGGGUCAAAUCAGGGGCCAAGGGACAAGAAGAAGAAGAAGAAACACGUGUCGGCCAACUACACGGAAGGAUGGGUGGAAUUCGAGGACAAGAGAGUGGCUAGGGGUACGGCGGAGUUGCUCAACGCUCAACCUAUCGGCGUGGCGAUGGGAAGCUGUUUUGGAGGAGGUGGAGGUGGCGCAAAAAAGGGCGGGUUGGGUCAUAGCAAGCGAAGAUGGAGAGACGAGGUUUGGACUAUGCGCUACUUGCCCGGCUUCAAGUGGAACAGGUUGAGCGAACAGUUGGCAAACGAAAGAGCAUCUCACAAAUCUCGCUUGCAAGCUGAGCUUUCUCAAUCCGCAACGGAGCAACGUGACUAUCUCAAAAAGGUCGAGAGGGCUCGCGUGCAAAGGUCCAAAUUGGAGCGGCUCGAAGCGCGUCGAGCUUCCGCCUCCGCCUCCGCCUCCGCCUCCGCCUCUGCAAUCGAGUCCCUCACCGGCUCGGCCAAGGACCCCGACGCAUCUGGCAGCAAGAAGCGAAUGGAAAACGAGAGGAUGCACACUUUUAGACAGCGCGGAGCUUUGAGUUCGGAUGUGAGGGACAAGCAGGCAAAGAUGGAUCUGAAUUCCGACUCGAAGAGGCUCAUCAAGCGCACCAAACAGUCGUCCGUGCCCGACGACGCGCUCAAUCGGGUGCUUGGUCAGAUCUUCUGACGAUGAAUGCCAGCUG